AUGGAUUUUCAUCGGUACCUUAGGACGCUAGAGGAGGUGGUCAUUUGUGUUAUUUCCUCAACAUUUUCGAUCAAGGCUUCCCGACUAGAGGGUUUAACUGGUGUUUGGGUUGAUGAGAAACUCGCAGCUGUUGAGAUACGAGUAUCACAGUGGAUAGCAUAUCACGGCUUAGCACUGAAUGUCACCACAGAUCUAACACCCUUUCAAUGGAUAGUCCCAUGUGGGAUACAUGAUCGUCGAGUUGGAAGCAUAAAAGGGUUACUGGGAGAAUCUUUAUCAUCUGAUGGGCAUGGAACAACAUAUAUUCGCCAUGGCGAUGAUAACCUUUUGAUUGAUAUCACCCUCAUAUCUUUGGUCAAGGAGUUCUGUGAAGUUUUCGAAGUUGAACUCUGGCAGAAACCUAUACCUAUGUUGGAGUUAUUAUAG